AUGAAUAAUAAGGAAAAUGUUAUUAACUGCAAAAGGCUACACAGAGAAAAUAUGGUUUUUGCAACCAUAAGCAAUGAUUGUAAUUAUAUCUGUAUUAUCACAUUUUAUGAAAAUAAUUACAAUGUCGAGUUGUUCAAUGCUAAUAAUAAAAUGCAAAAAAUAUUUAGAAAGGAAAUAUCAGACACAAUUAAUAAAGUCUACAUAAAUUAUAAUAAUAAAUAUAUUUGUGUAACUAGCCAAAAUGGAAGUAUUUAUAUUCUGAAUAUGAAAGGUGUUUUUUUGUACAAAAAUGAAAUAUUACAUUGCUUAUUCAGAAAAAAGUAUAUAAAACAAAAACCAAUAAGUAUAAACAAUCAUUUUAGUUACUAUUACUCCAAACGAAAACGAAAAAAAAUUUUAAGAAGCGCUGUCAAUAGUCAAAAAAAAGACAAUGAAGUUUAUGAAAAUAAACAAAAAAAAAUAAAAUAUAACAAGUUAUCAAGAAAAAACAGUAUUACAUUUCCACUUAAUAAUAACAAAAACAGUCAACAAAAUGAUAAAAUAUUUACAGAGAAUAAUGCGAUUCCUAAUAAUGAUCAAUACAGUCUAUCUGAAAAUUUACAAGAAUUGUAUAACAAUGAUAAUUAUUUUUUUCAAAAAGGACAAGAUCAAGAAAAACAAAAUUUUAGUCGAAAAGCAAAAACAUAUAUUAACAUUUCAGAAAAAAAUGAAGGAUACACAAACCUAGACUUUGAAAAAAAAAAAAAUUAUUAUUACGAAAGAAAUGCAAGUAAUAACAUUAAUAAAUGUUAUGAUAUGGAAAAUAUUAAAAAUAAAAAAGAGCAUAAAGAUUUAAAUGAAAUGACAUACUUCGAUGAAUAUUUGAAUGGAAAACCAAAUACCCUAGAAAAGUAUAAAGAUUCAAAAAAAAUAAAUUUUAAUAAUUAUUUUUGUGCAGAAAAUUGUAAAAAGAAUAAAUUAUCAACAAUUGACGAUUUUAAUUUUGAAGAGUCUGAAUAUUUUCAUAAUGGAUUGGGAAUGGAUAGUCAAAAUGAAAUAAAAAAUUCUGAUGAGGAAUACAAACGGAUUGGUAUUGAAAUAGUUGAUAUAUAUUGGAUUUGCAUGGAAAAAGAAAACAAAAAAGAUUUUAUAGAAAUUGAUAAUUAUAUUUAUCGUUAUGAUAAUCUUAAUAAAUGCCAUUUUUAUGAUAAUUUGCAUAUUAUAUACAGUCUAGAUGCUGCUUUUAAUAUAAUUUGUUCUAUUAAUUUAAAAAUAAUAAUUUAUAAAUAUAAUAUAUUAGAAUAUUUUUAUAAAAAUAUAAGUCCAAGUAAUCAAUUCAAAAAUAAUAUAGUAUAUUUGUUUAAAAAAAAAUUUUUACAAAAAUGCAAAGAAGAAAAGAAAUAUUCUUUUAUAAAAUAUCUAAAAUCAAAACUUGAUAUUUAUAACAGUAAUUCAUGUAUUGAACCUGACCAUAAUAGUAUUAUGAAUAAAAGAAAAAUACAUAACAACUUAAACACCUCAAUUAAUAGAUAUAAAAACUUAAUACAAUUAUAUAGACCGUCUUAUAUAAAUAGGAUUGGACAUUCUUCUUCUUACUAUUUAAAUGUAAAAGAAAAUAUAAUUAAAAAAAUAUUCAAUGACAUGGUUAUCGAAAUGAAUCAAUCAUAUAUAUCAAGCAACCAAAAUUAUAUUUUAAUAAAUUAUUAUAUAAAUAUAAAGAAAAAGUAUCUUAAAUUUUCCAGUCUAAAUAUAGGGAUGUUGAUUCGAAAAAAAAAAAAUACAAAAAAAAAAAUAAUACAUAAAAAAGAAAAGAAAAUUAAUGUAAAAAUAAGUCGUGAAAGUUUUAGUAGUUGUACAAGCAAAAAUUAUGAUGAAGAUAAUGAUAACUCUAUGAUGAUAGAUCUUGUAAAAAUAUAUAUGAACAAAAACAAACUAGCUAAAUUUCCUGCAUAUAAACAUAAAUUGGGAGUAUUAGGAAUUCAAAAAAUAAAUACUAUAGAUAGGGAAUAUAAAUCAAUUGAGCAUUUUGCAUUAUAUCUACUUUACUGUUUUGAUAUAUUUCAAAAUAUUUUUAAUAUAUAUAAAAGAAUGUCUUAUAUUUAUUCACGAUGUGAUGAAUAUAAAAAAUUGUAUACAGCUUAUGAAAAUAUAUUAUCUUUAAAUGAAAAUUAUAAAAAAUUUUAUUAUAAAGAUAGAUCAAUUGUUUAUUUCUCAAAAUAUAUAAAAAAUAGAAAAGAAUAUUUUGAUGAAAAUUUAUAUAAAAUGUUUUUUAAAAAAUCAGAAAAACAAGACUUUGAUCAAUUUUAUCAUCUUAUAAAAAAAAUGAUAAGUGAAAAUACUGUUUGUUGUUCUUGUUCAAAGAAAAAAUAUUUAGAGAAAAAAAAAAAUGAACAAUCAGAAAUUAAAUCAAUUAAAAGUCCUCAAUAUUUCAAAACUAAAUCACAUAUAAAAGUUAGUUUUAAUAAUUAUCAAAAUAAAGAUAAUAAUAUAAAUAUUUCUUGUCCCAUAAAAAAUUACUCUAGUUACACACAAUCUUUUAUUUCUAAAAUGAAUAAAGAUCAGGAUAAAAUAUAUGAAAAUAUCAAAAAUAAUAUAAAAAUAAAUAAAGAAAAUCGAUAUAGCAAUUCUUAUGCAAAUAUUAGUAAAUAUAUUGAUGAAAAAAACGUAAAAAAUAAUUGUUACAAAAAAACUUAUUUGUCUAAUGGCCUAAUGAAAAGAUAUAGUGAACAAACAAAUUUUAACAAUGUAAUAACAGAGACAAAAAAUAAUAUUACUAUUAAAAAUAAGAAUGAAAUAAAAAGAAAUAUAUCAAAAUCUAUUUUAGAAAUCAAGGAAAAAAAUAAUGAAAUAAAAAAAAAUAUGAAUUUGAUUCGGAAUGCUAAAGUGAAACAACCAAGUAAUAUACCAUUUCGUGAAAAUAGAGAUAAAGAUAAUCGUUUUGUAUUGAACAAAAUUAAUAAAAAUGAAAAACAAACAAAAAAUAGAGCAUUAGCACUUAAUUCAAUAGAAGAUAUAAGUUCAUGUUGUUUCAGUUCUGGAAAUAGUACAAUUUAUGAAAGUGAUAAUAGUAGUGAAGAAAAUCAAUCUGAUGUAGUAUAUUCGUCUAUUUCUGAACAAGAAUUAGAAAAAUGUUUUUUAAAAAGCAGAAAAUUUAUCAUAAAAGAUGAUAAAAAUAUAUGCGAAGAUUGUGAAAAUGUAUUAAAAAAUAAUAUAUUAUUACACACAUUUGAAAAGUUUGAAUUAAAUUAUGAAAUUCCAAAAAAAACAAAAAAAACACCCAACAAAAAAAUAUAUAGCUCAUUAAUAAAAGAUAUAUAUACAAUGCAUAGAGAAAAAAAAUGUCCUAUAAAUAUUUUACUAUUAUUACAAGAAAUAAAUGAUAAAGAAUUAGAAAAUAAUUUAAUUAAUUUACAAUAUAUUUUACACUUUUUUGAAAAAACAUUCCUUCAAAAUAUAAGUGAUUAUUUAAAUAGUUUAUUUAAAAUUAUUAAUGUUUGCAAAGGUUUGAUAACUCAAUCUAAUCGUCAUUGUAGCAAAGAAAUGAACAGAUUAUAUAAUGCAGCAUUAUAUUGUCGAAAAGCAUUUGAAUCUUUUUAUAAAUUAAAAACACCUUUAAAUAUAUAUUAUUUAAUUAUUGAAUUAUUAGUAUUUAUAUCAAAAAAUAUUUAUUUUGAGAAUUUUCCACAUUACAAAAAAACAUUUUCAAAUUAUAGAUAUGUUGACUUGUUAAAUAGUUAUAACAUAUUUAAAAAUAAUAAAAUGAAUUUUAGUUGUCUAGACAAAUAUUUACACAUUAAUAGUAUCAAAACUCAUAAAUUUUAUAUUGCUUUAAAUCGCCUUCGAAUAAGUUUAAUAAAUAUAUUAAAAUCUUUUUCAAAUAAUAAUAAUUUUUCUAUUCUUUAUAAUCUAUCUAUUUUGAAUGUACCUCCAAAUAAAUUUCAUUUUAUUACUCUUCCGAAAAAUAAAGAAAAAUAUCAUUCUUGUAAUAAUUAUUCCUAUUUUGAUGACAUAUUAUAUAACAACCAAAAUAAAUUAUAUCCAUUUUAUAUUUGUACAUGUGAUACUUAUUCUUUCAUUAGCAUUAAAAAAUAUAUUCAAACAAACAAAACCUUUAUGUUAAUACAAAAAGAAUUUAUCAAUAUUAAUUUAUAUCCUUUGCGUUUGUUAAAUAUUAUCGUAAUAUCAAAGAAUAUGUUCUAUAUAUUCACAGAAAAAGAUAAAAAAUUAAAUAUCACAUCCAUUAAAGUUAAAUAUGAUGGUUCACAAAAAAAAUUACUAAACAAUGGGGAAAACAUAGGAGAAAUUAGUAAUUUUUCAGUUCUUAACUGCUCAAGCUUAGAAACAUAUUUUCCAAAUGCGGAUUCAUACAAUAUUAAAAUCCAAAUUUUAUAUAAUUCCAUCAUUGCGAAUUUCCAACCUCAUAUGUGCCUGAUAUUGCAAGGAUUUUGA